AUGGCUCUGUCAGCGAGUCAUGCACGAUCUUAUGCUGAUGCAACUGAUUUCAAUACUGUAAGUGAUGAGCACCCAUCGCUGCUUGCUGCAUCAUCGAAUACCAAAGAAAAUUUGGAUGUCAUACAGAAAGCUUCGGAUUUGAAUUGUCAUGGAUUUGAUAGUGAUUGUCGAUGGUCGAAUACGAAUGAAGACGAACUGGACUGGAAAGUUCUACUGUCCACACCUGAGGCUGAGCCAUGGCUCAGUGUGCUUCACACAACUCAUCUUCCAGAUGCAUCAGCAGCAGUACUUCUAUCCAGUAGUAAUCGCAGUGCAUGGGAUGCCGGACAACUUGUUUCCGAUUUGUUGCCGUGUAUUAUAUCACCAUUGCAACUCACUGCUAAAGUUUGGCGAUCCUCUUUAGAUGGAUCAUUUCAACAACAACCAAACUUGCAGAUUUGUAGCCGUAACAUACAUGCCGACCAAUUCUAUUCAAACUGCAACCUGUUUCCCAUACAAAAUGGUAUACCAGUUACUGUGGAUAUACCCGGACCACGUGAUCCUACUGCACCUGCCCAGAUUGUUUUGUUGGGUGAUAAUUUUGUUGGUAAACAAGGUGGUGUUAUAUUUAUGCAGGAUAUCAUUGUGGACGGUGAUUUGGUACCAGAUUGCACUAUAACAACACCAUUUACUACCGAACAUUCCAGUAAACCGACUAGACGCCUAAUUCCUUUGCAUAACUUCCACGAUUCCACCAACAACCUUAUUGAAAUUCAAGAAUUAGAUACCAAGCACAAAAUAUCAAAUCUGCGCCAACCAUCUGCAUUGCAAUUUGCAUCACCGGAUUCUCUAGUGGUUCAGUGCCUAAAAUUGUCCUGCAAUCCUGCUGAGAAAGACUGUGGCUGGCAAAAAGGCAUUGCUGGAUGGAUGGCAUCAACGGGAACUGGUGGCUUUUCAAAUCCAUUGACCGGCAUUGUUGUACCGCCUGUUGGAACGAACUCAUUUCUGGUAGCAUCUUAUAACGGUAAUAACUAA